CCUCUGGUGCUUGGCUACUCUGCAGGAACAAAACUAUAUCCGCAUACAAGAUAAGGAUUACUCUUGCAUGGUAAAAUUAUGAAGAAAAGGGAGGCCAGUCAUGCUACUUUCUUGAAGACACAAUUGGCUACAAACAUGUGAAAACCAUAAACAGUAGCAGCUGUCAGUCAACUAUUGGAUUUCUUUGUAAUCAAACUGACAGAGUAACACCCUCCUUCUCCACUAUGCUCACAAUGCAAGAAGGAAUCUUCUCAAGCUGGAACUCUACCAAACUCUUCCAACAGCUGGAUGCUUUCUAUUGGAGUUCCCAAUGCAAAGCAAUUAUUUCUAAAGAAAUAAAGUAUAAGCUCUUCAAUGUUAUCAGUAUCAUUGCGAGCCAAAACUCAACCAUGAUUUGGAAACAACAUCAGUAGUUGCUAACUGGAAACAAUCUCCAUAGUACUUGGAUUUUCUUCCCUAUCUAGACUACUACUCCAAAGCUAUAGACAUCCUCAUUAAUGUUAAUGUUAGCUUACUUGUUUGAAAGUACUCAGGAGGAUCCAGAUAACCAAAUGUUCCUUGGACUAGUGUAGUUACUUGAGACUCAUCUAGAGGAAUGGAGAUAAGCAAGCAAGGGCAGAUGAUCUUUCUGUAGCCAUCCUUAGACGAUUUUCCUAGGAUAAGAAGUGAACUCCAUCGUGAGUAGGAAUAUGAUCGUAGAGAUUGUAAUUCGAGACGAAUUCAUAAUCAUAUGUCAUUUCAUGAUACAACGGAAAAGUAUUGAAGUAGUAUAAAUGUAGCUAAACUAAAUAAUUGACAUUGGCUUUCAAGAUUUGGACUUUUAAAUGCAUCUAAAACCGCAACAAAUAUUCAAGUCUUUUCAUUGUUGUUUUUUACUAUUCGGCUCUCUUUGCAAUCACAGUUUCAAAAACUUUUGCUUUCACUUGUUUUCGCAGGGACUUGCAAAUUGCAAUUUCCUAGAAGUUAAACCCAAAAUUGCCCUGAAAAAUGUUACCUUUGUUUCGUUCUUCAACAGUAUGGAGACUACGCAUCUUGAGCUGUGUCCAAGCUCGCAACCUUGUCUAUCAUUCUAUAAACAAUCCAAUCACACCCAAAAUUCACUUCCCCCAUACAGAUUGCAGCGAAAAUUUAACCCUUGCGCUGUCCAAUCAUUUGAUCACAAAGUUAAGCAGACAAGGAAGAAUCAAUGACGCACGGAAACUGUUCGAUAAGAUGCGUGAAAGAGAUGUGUUUACGUGGAAAGCAAUGAUAACUGGGUAUACAAAAUGUGGGUUGAUGGAAGAAGCGAAGAAACUGUUUGAUAGAGUUGAUGCGGAGAAAAUUGUGGUGACGUGGACUGCCAUGGUUUGGGGGUAUGUGAGAUUGAAUAUGAUUUCUGAGGCAGAGAGGUUGUUUGAGGAUAUGCCGGUGAGAGAUGUGGUUUCUUGGAACACAAUGAUUGAUGGGUAUAAAAAAAAUGGGAUGAUUGAAAAAGCUCUUGAUUUGUUUGAGAGAAUGCCCGAGAGGGAUGUUAUUUCGUGGAAUAUGAUUAUGACAGCAUUGGAGCGUUGUGGGAGGAUUGAUGAAGCGAAGCAGUUGUUUGAUGUGAUGCCAACAAAGGAUGCGAUUUCUUGGAAAGCUAUGAUUACAGGGUUGGCAAGGAAUGGAAGGAUUCAAGAGGCUAGAGAGGUUUUUGAGAUGAUGCCGGAGAGAGACGUGUUUUCUUGGACUGCAAUGGUUACAAGGUUGGCAAGGAAUGGAAGGAUUCAGGAGGCGAAAAAGGUUUUUGAGAUGAUGCCAGAGAGAAACAUAAUUUCUUGGAAUGCUAUGGUUACAGGGUUGGCAAGGAAUGGAAGGAUUCAGCAGGCCAGAGAGAUUUUUGAGAUGAUGCCGGAGAGAAACAUAAUUUCUUGGACUGUUAUGUUUACAGGGUUGGCAAUGAAUGGAAGAAUUCAAGAGGCCAUUGAGGUUUUUGAGAUGAUGCCGGAGAGAGACGUGUUUUCAUGGAAUGCUAUGGUUAACGUGUUGGCAAGGAAUGGAAGGAUUCAGGAAGCUAGAGAGGUUUUUGAGAUGAUGCCGGAGAGAAACGUGGUUUCUUGGAAUUCUAUGGUUGCAGGGUUGGCAAGGAAUGGACGGAUUCAGGAGGCUAGAGAGAUAUUUGAGAUGAUGCCGGAGAGAAACAUGGUUUCUUGGAAUGCCAUGAUUAAUGGGUAUGCUCAACAUGGAUGUGGAAGAGAGGCAAUCAACAUAUUCCAUAAAAUGCAGGACACAGGACUCAAACCUGAUGACAUCACUUAUGUAGGGCUACUAACUGCAUGCAACCAUGAUGGCUUAGUAGAGGAGGGCCUGAAGUUCUUUAAUGAGCUAUUGAACGACACAUCCAUAAAACUAAGAGAGGAUCACCUUGCCUACUUGGUGAAUCUCUGCAGUUGUGCAGGGAAGUUAAAAGAUGCAGUUGAUUCCAUCAAGCGAAAUGGUACUAAGCAAUCAUCUUUUUCAUGGAGGGCAGUUUUUGCCAAAAUUCAUGUCCAUGGGGAUCUGAAGCCUGGGAGCUGGUAGCAAAAGAACUUUUAGAGGCGAAUCCAGAAAAUUCAGCUGUGUGCUUGAUGCUGUCAAACAUUUAUGCUAGCACUGGGAAAUUCAGGGCCUAUAUAAUAACGGUUGAAUCUGCCUCUGGUGCUUGGCUACGCUGCAGGAAGAAAACCAUAUCUGCAUACAAGGUAAGGUUGGUCUCUUGCCUCAGGAGUUUGAAUAUUUUGAGAUCAACCCAGGUAAGGUUCUUUGUCCAAUGUAAGUACUACUCUUACAUGGUAAAAUUAUGAAGAAAAGGGAGGCCAUACAUGCUACAUUCUUGAAGACACAAUUGGCUACCAACAUGUGAACUUGUUAUUUCAUGCUUUGAUUUUCAGAUAUUUUCAUCUUCCUUAAAUUUUGUUGGCAAAACUUGGCUUUCAUAGGAAAAUGUUUUGGUCCCAGACAGCUCUGCCUAUGCUGUUUGGAUUUGUAGAUUGGAUUUUUCCUUAUAGUUAUGUAGGAAACUGACAGGUCCUUAAGCCGUGUUGUUGCCACUUCCUGUCUGGCAUACCUUGCUUGGUCCAUUAAGUGCACAAACUUUGCUAGAUUAUUGUUGGGGGUCAUGUGGAUAGACCCAGAAAAGAAAAAUAUGAAUCAAAUUUGUUCUUGCAGGUGGUGUAUUCUAUCAGUUUAAUCAAGUAAUUAUUUCUAUAAUUACUGCAAAUUGGACAUAGUUAAAGAUUGUGGGAAUCAUUUUCUGGUUAGGCCCACUAAAAUAAUUUCCCAGUUCUUGUUGAUGUAGGAUUAGUGGCACAUAAUUCUCAAGAAAACCGAUUAGUAGAAUUGCGUGAAAAAAUUUGAUCGGAAGAAUCGUUUUCGACAUGGUGAUCAACCCCACCAUAUUUUUGACAAAUUCAAUUGUUUAGGGCCUCAAAUUGACCUUUUGCAUGUGACUAUGUGAGCAUGAAAUUUUCCCUUUGAAAAGAUAGAAAAGAAAAGGUUGCAAUUUGAAAAGUGCAGAGCAUGGAAAUGGAUGAGACAAGGACUUCACUGGGCUCAAUCAAUCUCACACUGAAACAAUAAAGGUGUGGUCAUGUUUAUAGGUGGUGACAAGUCCCAUUCUCAUCCCAAGAUAAUUUAUUACUUACUCCUCGAUCUCCAUGAAAAAAUGAAAAAGCUUGGAGAUGUACCUAGUCAUGGUUCAGUAGUGGAUUAGAGUUUUUUUUUUGGUAACAUGAUUAUUAUCAAAAAUCUUUUGUCAAAUCUGAUUCUACGAAGAGUGAAGUUGUCCAGAUAUGAUUUCAAUUUUUAGGAGAGAUUAUAAUUGAUUUUUUAUGGUCUCAGAUUUGCAUUUGGCUAUGAAUCUUGUGGGUCUACGUUAUGUGGAGAGACAAAUGAUAGGUUUGAUAUAUUGCAUUUGCAUGAGAUGGCUUUCCUUCUGAUAAAAGAAAGAAAGUAACAGUUAUUUUGAAAUGAGAGAAAUACAUAAAGGCAGUGUUGUAUGUAGAGAUAGUCACCUCUCUGACGAUGGAGCAAAGAUGUUCUAGUGUUGCCAUUACUCAUUAGCAGGGAGAAUUGGGGUUGUGAAUUUGUGAUUCCUUUCUUUUGGACUAAUGGACUGCAUAACAGACUCUUGGUUGUGAUGAAUGCAAACGACUAUAGGAGGCCUUUGUAGCUGGCUCUAACUGUCCAUUGCACUAUUGCAGGCCUAUAUAAUAACUGUUGAAUCUGCCUCUGGAGCUUGGCUACUCUGCAGGAACAAAACCAUAUCUGCAUACAAGGUAAGGUUGGUCUCUUGCCUCAGGAGUUUGAAUAUUUUGAGAUCAACCCAGGUAAGGUUCUUUGUCCGAUGUAAGUACUACUCUUACAAGGUAAAUUAUGAAGAAAAGGGAGGCCCGUCAUGCUACAUUGUUGAAGACACAACUGACUACAAACAUGUGAAAACCAGAAACAGUAGCAGCUGUCCGUCAACAACUACUUUGGUUAUGCAUUUCUUUGUAAUUAAUGUGAACUUGUUAUUCAUGCUUUGAUUUUCAGAUAUUUUCAUCUUCCUUAAAUUUUGUUGGCAAAACUUGGCUUUCACAGGAAAAUGUUUUGGUCCCAGACAGCUCUGCCUAUGCUGUUUGGAUUUGUAGAUUGGAUUUUUCCUUAUAGUUAUGUAGGAAACUGACAGGUCCUUAAUCCGUGUUGUUGCCACUUCCUGUCUAGCAUACCUUGCUUGGUCCAUUAAGUGCACAAACUUUGCUAGAUUAUUGUUGGGGGUCAUGUGGAUAGACCCAGAAA